CACUGCAAACAAAACAAAUAAAUAAGGGCUGCUUAUUUUUUAUUACAUUUCGUAAUAGGUAAACUUGAAGUGAAUCGUUUAAUUUAAACUACACUACCCACAAUGCAGCUACAAACCACUACGUCAACACACAACGUCAAAAACGAGUGACAACAAGGAAGUGAAUGCUCAUGCUGCCUGAAUUUCUUGUAGUAAUCUUCUUAAACAGGGAGACAUUUGGUUUUAGGUUGAUCUUUUUUUAGGUUGAUCUGUCUGGUUCUCUGAGCAUGUUCUUGGCGAUCUACGAAGUGACAAUGGAAGCUAAAGCAGUGUGAAUCUAUGAACUUGUAGUAGUAGUAAUAGUAGUAGUAGAUAGGUUGAUCACUCACUCAUUCAUUCUUUAACGGAACAUUAUUCCCGUUUUUAUGAUCAAAAUCCGCAGACGUUACAUGCAGUCACCUCUUUUCACUUCCAAGUGAAUUAAAUCUACCCUGCUUGUCCUCAAGUAAACCCUCAGUUGUUCUUCGGUGUAGCUUUGGCACCCAAAAUGAGGAUGAUCACCUUCUUUGUGAUUGGGCUGACAGUCCACGUGGUCUUCUUCAUCUCUAUCUUUGAUAUCUACUUCACCUCUCCUCUGGUCCAUGGCAUGACACCCCACUCCACACCCCUGGAACCCCCUGCUUCCAGACUGGUGUUAGUGGUGGCCGAUGGUCUCAGAGCAGACAGUCUCUUCACCCUGCUCCCUAAUGGCUCAUCCAGGACACCAUACCUGAGGAGUAUAAUAGAGGACAAGGGGACCUGGGGUGUGUCACACACACGUGUGCCUACCGAGUCUCGGCCCGGUCACGUUGCUCUCAUUGCUGGCUUCUAUGAGGAUGUUAGUGCAGUUGCUAAAGGCUGGAAGGAAAAUCCUGUAGAAUUUGACUCUGUGUUUAAUGAGAGCAGACACACCUGGUGCUGGGGCAGCCCUGAUAUCCUACCUAUGUUUGCCAAAGGCGCUAGUGGGGACCAUGUGUAUACCCACACAUACCCGGCAGUGGAGGAGGACUUUGCCUCCACAGAUGCAUCCAAGCUAGACAGCUGGGUGUUCACUCAAGUCAAAUCCUUCUUUAAGUCUGCACAGUCUAACUCCACUCUGAAGGCCAGCCUAUGGGAGGAUAAAAAUGUCUUCUUCCUGCAUCUGCUUGGAAUUGACACUAAUGGACAUGCUCACAGACCAAUGUCGCAAGAAUACCUAGACAAUAUUGGUCUAGUAGAUGCAGGUGUAGCUGAAGUGGUGUCUAUAAUAGAGGACUUCUUCGACAAUGAUGGCAGAACAGCCUAUGUGUUUACCUCUGACCACGGCAUGACAAACUGGGGUUCCCACGGUGCGGGCCAUCCUUCUGAAACGCUAACCCCUUUAGUGGCGUGGGGAGCUGGGGUUCAGAAAGCCAAGGGAGUCACAGAACCCCAACCAUACAAUGAUGGGUUCCUACAAGACUGGAAACUGGAGCAUCUUCGUAGAGUCGACGUCAGUCAGGCUGACAUUGCUCCGCUCAUGGCUUCCCUCGUUGGUGUGCCUAUUCCUGUUAACUCUGUUGGCGUGUUACCUCUUCUCUACCUCAACAACAGUGAGCGGUUCAUGGCUGAGAGCAUGUACACUAAUGCUAUUCAAGUACUGGAGCAGUUCAAGAUGAAAAUGAUGCAGAAAAAGGAGACAACCUUAUCUUUUCUCUUCACCCCAUACCAACUCCUGACUGAGUCAAAACAAGCAGAAUUCACCCAGAAGGCCCGAAUACUCAUUCAGCUGGAGAAGUACGAGGAUGCUAUCUCUUUGUGCCAGUCUCUGAUAUCUCGCUCUCUGGAAGGCUUGGUUUACUACCACACCUACGACCGAUUCUUCCUCGGUUGCAGUGUGGUGCUGGGAUUUGUAGGCUGGACCUCAUAUGUCGUCUUAGUCAUACUGAAGACUCACGCGAGUCUCAACAGACAUCCUAAUCUCACUAAACAGAUUCCUGGCCGUAACUUGGCAAGGCUGUGCACGUGUGUGGCAGUGGUGAUCACACUCUUCCUGCUUAUUCAAAGAAGCCCCAUAACCUACUAUAUUUACUGCCUGCUGCCUAUCCCUGUGUGGUAUUCUGUUCUGAAAGAGUCUGGAACUCUGAGAGAUUUGAUUCAGACAGCCCCUUCUCUCCCACUGUGGAAAUGUCUGGGCUAUUUUGUGCUGGUGGCGUUUGGGAUUGAGCUGCUGGUGGUGAGCUUCUUCCAUCGCGCCAUGCUGACUGUAGGGCUGGCUGCUCUCUCUCUCUGGCCCUUCUUGUCGGGGCUUUUUGGCAAGGCUAAGUCACGCUCACUGAGCUGGCUUGUGGGCUGUCUGUGUCUAGCUGCUUUCCCCCUCAUGCCUGUUGUGGGUAGAGAACCUAACAUACAUCUGGUUACCUGUGCAGGUCUGCUCGCUCUUUUCACCUCAGCUUGCUACCUCUGGUCAUCUCGACGGAGGACACCGCUGCACCUCGGUGACAGACCACAGUUUGUCAUACAGAUGCUCCUUGUUGCUGUGUGUGCAUACGUGCCAUCCUUCACACACUCCAGCCUGCAACAGAAACAGGGCCUACCCCUUCUUAAUCAGAUCAUAAGUUGGAGCACAUUAGCAUCUUCUAUAUUUGUUCCUUUGCUGAGCUCAACACGACUUUUUCAUCGACUCCUCAGCAUAUUCUUGUCUCUCACUUCCACCUACCUGCUGCUUAGCACUGGGUCAGAGGCUUUGUUCCCCCCUGUGUUAUCCUGGUUAAUGUUUGUGUGGAUUAACAUCGAACAGGAAGCCUUGCUUGCUCAGGGCAUGUCUGGUAGGCAAGAGUUAUCCACCAUCGAUUUCUCUGCAAACAUCGACAUCACCAAGAUUCGACAGCUGAAGCUGGAUGACAUCCGAAGGUCCUAUUUUUUUGUAUUUUUUAUAAUAACAGCAUUUUUUGGCACAGGAAACAUUGCGUCCAUAAACAGUUUUGACCCAGCAUCUGUUUAUUGUUUCCUCACUGUUUUCAACCCUUUCAUAAUGGGAGGGUUGAUGAUGUGGAAGGUUAUCAUUCCAUUCAUCAUAGUUAUGUGUACAUUUGAGACCAUCCAAGUUGCAACACAGCUAUCAUCAAGGAGUUUGUUCCUCAUCGUCCUGGUUAUCUCUGACUUGAUGGCUCUGCAUUUUUUCUUCAUGGUGCAGGACUAUGGCAGCUGGUUGGACAUUGGCACAAGCUUUUCUCUUCCUCUGCGACACUGUGAACAUACCGCUGCUGGAUAUAAUGUGAUCUACUCCAGAGGACACACGCACACACAGAAGAGUACUCGGCAUACAGUUCUUCACUGACCGAAGCGCAAGAUGACUUCGACAUUAAAUGGGACCACACUAUCUCCAAACCAAAGUUCAACAAUGACCACACCCUCAGUUUCAGAGAAAGAUGAACUAGAAGAGUACCACACAGCCCUCUUGGUCAUCUACACUGUGGUCCUGAUCAGUGGUACAAUUAGCCUUACCAUGAUGAUGCGCAUCAUGAGAUCCACCACAACUUCCACCACGUCAAUUGCCGUACUCAACCUGAUCUUCACUCACUUCAUCUUCCUGCUAACGGUUCCCUUCAGAAUCUACUAUUACGCAGUUCAUGAAUGGGAGUUGGGCUAUGAAUGGUGUAAAAUAACCAGCAGCAUGAUCCACAUCCACAUGUACAUGUCUUUUGUCCUGUAUGUGAUUAUCCUCAUCACCCGUCUGUUGACGUUCUACAAGAAAGCUUGCCAGGUGGCGUCCUUUCACAGGAUGCAUGCAUGCAUUAUCAGUUUUCUGGUGUGGAUUAUUGUGCUGAUCACUGUCCCUUGCAUCAUCCAUUUUAAGUAUGGCAAAGACCAUGACAAAAAUGCCACUCGUUGCUUCCAGUUUGGAAAAUCUAUAGAAUCUGUUCUGAUUUUGAACUACCUGACAAGCAUAUUGAUUAUAGUCAUUGCCAUUGUGUUGACAGCCUUCCAGGCCAAUGUCCUAUGGGUUUUAUACAAGAAGCAUCGGGAGGGAUGCACCUUUCAGCAGGAGUUCGGAGCUCAGCUGAAGAGCCUGUGCUUUGCGCUAAUCAUGGUCAUCUGCUUCAUUCCCUACCACAUUUUUCGACUGUCCUACUUAAACAAUAUAAAAGAAUUAGAGGGUACAAAUGAAAUAUUUCUGAGCAUAACCACUUUUAACUGUUUGGACAUGCUUACUUUCCUGGGGAGGAGGUCCUGUAACAUGUGCUUUGUAGGAAAAGCUGCUUAAAAGCGGGUGGUACUGUGUUUGCU